GUCACUGUCAGUUUUUACUUUUUUUCAAAACCGUUUCAUAUUUUAGUUUCCACGGAAACUCAAACGCAAACAAACAACUUCCUGAAAAAAUAAUUUAUAAAAAUGGAAAGUAAAGAUAAUAGACACAAGGACAAGCGUUCUAGCAUGAAACAUCAUAAGAAAAAUUUCCAUCGCAAAAACAAUGGAUCCUCUCAAGUUGAAAUAAUUCGAAGUCUUAUCGAUGUAGCAGACUCAAGUGAUGACCGUAUAAGUGGCCGGCCGAUUUAUUGGUCGUCAAAAGCUAUUGAUAGUGAUAUUGAUAAUGAACAAAUGCACGCAGCGGAUUUUGAGUUGCUUACUCAGAUGCCAAACUCUGUUGGAGGACAUUUUCAGUUUACCUCCGAAAAAAAUUGGGAAUCUGAGGACAUGUUUUUAAACAAGACCCAAGCUAGUGAAUAUUUCACUUUGGACUUGAAUCUCCUCAACGCUGGUCUUCAAACAAUCCCAUUUUAUAAGCGAUUGGAUUUUCCUUCAUCAUGGUUUGGAAAAUCUCGACUGAAAGCAAUGAACAAUGCAGCAGAUAUUGCUGAAAAACAAUACCAAACUGUUCUUGAUGAUCUUAAAAGAGAUUCCAAAGGGAAAAUUAAUAGCGUGACAGCAAGAAAUUCAACCGUAAAUAAACAUAAUUCAGGCCAACCAGAAACUGUUGAAAAGGCUGUCAAUGACAUAGAUAAAGAGUUGGAUGAUCUUUUGAAUCUUACCACAGAUAAAGUCUCUAUGGUUAAUAUUGAUGUUCCGCCAAUAAAUGAGGUCCAAGAUCCCGCAAAUGGAAAUAAUAAUGUAGCAGAAGGGCAAGAAAACCGAGAAGGAAUUCAACAAUGGCUAGAUGAUGUUCUUGAUGAAUGAAACAUCAACCUGCUGGGUUUAUUAAGUUAUAAAAUACUUACUUCUUUUAAUUAAAUCCAACACUGCUUCGUAGGCAUGCUUUUAAAGUUAAGGGUUUAAGGGACUUGGACAUGAAUAAGGACAAUGUCUCAUUUGAGAAUAUUUUGUAAUCACUUCUAAAUUGUUUCGAAUAAGGUGUAAGAUUAUUUGCUGGGCUUGGUGAAAUAAAUGAUUGCAAAAAAAACCUCUUUUGUGAUUAAUUUGUGUGCUAUAAAUAUGGAUACAAUCAAAGAGAAUACUUUUAUAUUUUUGCUCACCAUUUCUAGCGUGCAAAUACCUUUUUUAUUAAUUUAAAGUUAAAUAAAACACCUACUUAAUAUUAAAAAGCUGAGUAAUUAAUACAAAAUCGAAAGUUACAAACUUCUUUGUUUGCAAUUCAUAUAAACAUGUUCUAGAAUUUCUUUCGACCAUUGGACGAAUAUUGAACCACAGUAUGCGAUCGGACAUCAUUAGAAACGACCUGAUUGUUAU